AUGUCCAAUAUAGCUAAGAAAACGCAAUACAAUAUUAAGGUUGAUAUUCAUGAAGUAAAAGAUUUAAGUUUUCGUGAGAGUGCGAAUGAGAAAGAAAUAAUUCCGAAUCCUUAUAUUGAGGUGACAGUAAAUAAUGAGAAGAAGAGUACAUCAAAAAAGACUCAAGCUGUAAAUGUUGUAUAUAAUACAUCAUUUAAUUUUUCACAAGAUUUAACAGAUUAUAAAUUUGCGAGGACAAGUGUAGAUGUAUGUGUAUUACAUAAAUAUACAAUUCAGAGUGCUUUAAUAGGUAAAUGUUCAUUUGGUUUAAGUUUUGUAUAUUCAAAAGUUCAACAUUGGUUAUAUAGGAUAUGGGUUAAAUUAAGAAAUCCGGAUUUACCAUUAGAUGAUGUUGGUUAUAUAUUAAUAUCUGUUGGUGUGUAUGGUCCAGGUGAUUCGAUACCUAUUGUAAAUGAUAGUGUUAAGACAGAUAUUAAUGAAGAUGUUUUUAAUAAUAAAGGUUUAGAUAUACAUAUAACACAUUAUGAUUUAUGUUUAAAUAUCUUUAGAGGUCAAGAUAUUGAAUUAAUAGGUAGUAGUACACUUUUUUCUAAUAUUCUUGAACCAUAUGUAAAAGUAUCUCAUAAUGGUUUUGAAGAAUGUACUAAGGUUAUAAGAAAUGAUCCUAAUCCUGUUUGGAAUUUAAGUAUUCAUAUUCCUACUUGUACUCCUUGUUAUGAUAAUAAUAUUAUUGUAGAAUUAAUAAAUGGACAACAUAAUGGUGUUGUUAUAUAUAGUAUUAUUCUGGAUUUUUUUGAAAUCUUAAAAAGAGAAUUAAUACCUAGAUGGUUUAAUAUUUAUUAUAAUCCAAAAAAUCAAAUAAUACCAAGAAAUAGUCAAUAUAUACAAAACGGAUCAAUACAAUUAAAUUUUAAUAAUACUACAUCAAAUAAUAAUAAUAAUAAUAUUAACAAUAAUAAUAAUACUACUAGUGGUAUAAAUCCUUUGGGUAAUUAUCUUUUUUCAGGAGCAGCUGAAAAAAUUUUUAAAAAUGCUACACAAGGGAUUAAUAUUAAUGAUAUAUUAGGUGUAACCAAAGUACAAAAUUUAUUUAAUGAUGAUACAUUAAAAGAAUUCUAUUUAUAUGGUGGCCGCAUUUUUUUAAGUGCAAACGCUACCAAAACUCAUUCUCCAGGUCCUAUAUGCAUAAAAUCAGCUAAAGUAGAGGUAGAUGCUCCUAACAAAGAAUAUAUUUUCUGUGCUGACAUAUAUGAAAUUUUAUCAGUUCAAAAUAAUAAAAUGGGGAACUAUGAUGACUACAAUGAUGACUACAAUGAUAAUUACAAUGAUAAUUACAAUGAUAAAUACAAUGAUAAUUACAAUGAUAAGUACAACGAUAAGUACAACGAUAAGUACAACGAUAAGUACACCAAUAAUGAUGAUACCAUCAAAGGUAACAGCAACAACAAUAAUAAUAAUAAUAAUAAAAAUAAUUUGUACAAUGUUUAUAAUAGUGCUAACGAAAAAAGAAGAAGCAGAUACAAUAACAAUUACGAUUCAAGUGGUGAUAGCAUCGUCUGUGUUUGUGCUCUUGGACCUCAUAAACUUAAAACCAUUCCUCUUCUUCCAAAUGAAGUUGGAUCUUAUGUUUUAAACGAAAAUGUUGGAAGAAUAGAUGAAUUUCGAAUAUUUUUACCACAGAAUAAUAAUGAACAAAUAUAUGAUAUAUUUUUAUAUAUUUAUAUAAAAUCCAAUUUAGCUGUUACUGAUUGGAUUAGUAAUAGAAGAAGCAUAUUAUAUAACAGUGUAUUAAAUAAUGAAUAUGAAUCUGCAGAUAGAAAUAAAUUACAAGGAUUACAUAAAAUGGGUUCUAUAAAUAAUUUAUCAGAAGAUGUAAUAGAAGAUGCAGAUUUCUUAAAUAAUUAUAAAUUAACAAGCUAUGUACGUAUUCCAUAUAAAUAUCUCUUAUUAAAUGAAAAUAAACCUAAAUGGUUUUCUAUGAAAAAUAUUGAAACUAAUGCACAUGAAUAUAAUAUAUCUUUUUUUGCUAAUUUAAUACCUUAUCAUUCAUAUAAAAAAAGACCUAAAAGAUUAGAAUAUAAAUUAUCUAGAUAUUUUUUUCGUGCUUUAAUAUAUGAAGGAUUACAUUUUCCAGCAAAAGGAUAUAAUGCCUUUCCAGAUCCUUAUAUUAAAAUCGAAUUAGCUGGACAAGUUAUUAAAACAAGUACUAUCUUACAUACUUUGAAUCCAAAUUAUUAUGAAGCAUAUGAAGUACAAGUUAUAUUACCUACUAAUUUAAAUCUAGCUCCUGAUAUAUCUAUAGAAGCUUUAUCUGUAAAUAAAUCCUUUUUAUAUAAUGAUGAUAUUUUAUUAGGAUCAUCCACAUUUCCUAUUAUGAAGGUACCAACUGAAUGGAAGAAAUCACCUAUAUGGAUACCAUUAAAAUCAUCACAAUAUAAAAAAUGUAAAGCUAAAUUACUUGUUGCUUUUGAGUUAGUACCUAUAGAAAAAGUUCUAGAUGAUACAUAUCCAUUUUAUGAUGAUAUAAGACCUUCUACAUUACCUGGACAUGUCUCUUUAUUUUUAAUAGGCAUACGAAUGUUUAAACCUUUAAAAGAUCCUUCUGUAACUGUUUGUUUUGGUCGAGAUGUUGAUGACACAUCUCAAUUUUUGUGGCAUGAAACUACUAAUAAAGUUAUAUCAGGAAAAGAAGGGAACUGGAACUUUUUAAAAUAUUUUUCUUUAGAUGUUAUGUUACCUAAAAGAAUGCAACAUCAUAGUUUUCUCGAGGUUAGAAUAGAAGAUAGAAUAUUGAAUAGUGGAUUCACAGGAACUACAACUAGUAACUCCUAUCCUGUAAAUGCAACAAAUAAUAAUCUUUUAAUAGGAACUGCAUAUAUAACUCUAAAUCCAUUACUUCCAUGGCUAGAUAAUUAUGAAAAAAAUGAAUGCGUGGAGUUAUUUAAGUUGCAUGUACUAGAAGAAGUUCUAAUAGAAGAUGCAGAAAUGGAUAGGAAAUCUUACAAUAGUGCAUUGAUAUAUAAAAAAAGUUCAAUCAUGUCAAAGAAAUUCUCUAAUGAUAAUUUUGAAAUGCAAGAGGUGGGAGAGCCAAAUGGUAUAUUUAAUGAUAUACCUAUGAAUACUUUGGAAGAAAAUAUGAUCAUAAAUGGGGAUGAUAAUAGUGAUGAUAAAGAGAAUAGUUAUGAUGAUAAAGAGAAUAGUUACGAUGAUAAGGAUAAUAGUUAUGAUGAUAAGGAUAAUAGUUAUGAUGAUGAUAAAGAAAAUAGUUAUUAUGAUGAUAAAGAAAAUAGUUAUGAUGAUAAUAAUAACAAUAGCUAUUAUGAUGAUGAUGAUGGUGAUAAUAGAAAAGAGGCCGAAAAAAGAAAAAAGAAAAAAGAAAAAAAAAAUAUAUAUAGAACAAACAAUGAUAGAACACAAAAUAAUAACACACAUAUUAAUAAUAAAUAUAACCAUGUAAUAGAUAUAAAAAAGAAAAAAAGAAAAAAGAAUAUAAAGAAAUAUAUUAAUAACGAAUAUGUUCCAUACAAUGAUCCAGAUUUUUCUAAUGUACGUAUAGAAGAGACAUUAGAACAUGUAUGUUUUAAAAUAAAUGAUUUAACAAAAAAAGAGAAUACAUAUAUAUAUAAUGACGAAGAAGAAACUUUAUGUGAUAGUAUUUCAAGUGAUAAAAAGAAACGAUUAAAAGAUAUAAAUUUUUUUAAAGGUGGAAAACAUGAUAAUAAAGAAAAGAAUAAUAUGAUUAUAGAUGGAAAGCAACCUACAACCAUAUAUGGAUUCAAUGAAGAUAUGUUAAAUUUUCAAUUAUCAUUAGCAGAUGAUGAUGAACAAGAAGAAAUUCAAAGAGAUGAAAUGUUAUAUGAAUAUGAAGUAGAUAUGAAUACAGAUGAUUUACCUUAUUUAAGAGCAACGAUUUUUAGAUGUACAGAUUCAGGAGUUCCUGAAGCAGUUGGAUAUUUGAAAUAUAUAUGUAAUGUAUAUGAUGAAAAGACAAUGUAUUUAAAAAAGGAAAUGAUAAAGAAAUGUGAUGAUUUAGUAAGAGAAUAUAGAUUAACACGUAAUUUAGUAGUACGGGCAUAUAUUAUACAAGCAAGAGGUUUGAAUCCACCAUCAGGUGCAACAGAUAUAACAACAUAUAUAUGGAUAAAAAAUAGUAAUGAAAUGACAAAUAUUCCAGGAGGUUUAUCUCAUAAUAUAAAAGAUACCGGUCAUACAAAAAAGCAAGGAUAUAAACCAGAAUUUAAUAGAUGUUAUCAAUUAUUAUGUUCAUUUCCUGAUGAAUCUAUUGUGCAAGUAUGUAUAAUGAAUCAAGGUUCUUUAUCAGAUGAAAUUAUAGGAUAUACAUAUAUAGAUAUGGAAGAUAGAUAUUUUAAUCAAAAAAUUAGACAAUUAAUGAUAGAUGAUAUUAUGCCAAUAGAAUUAAGAUCUUUAAAAUUAGAAAAUAGUACAAUUUCUCAUGGAUCUUUAAGAUGUUGGUUUGAAAUAUUUAAUGAAGAAUUUGCUCAACUCAAUCCUAUAAAAGUUUUAUGUUCCAAUGAACCUGAUGAUUAUCAAUUAAGACUUGUAAUAUGGAAAGUAAAUAAUGCUGCUAUGGAUGAUAAUUCAACUAUAAGCUUAUUUGUUAGAUGUAUUUAUACUGAUGAAGAUAAUGAAGAUAUAAGAGAUACAGAUACACAUUAUAAUAGUAAAGAUGGAAAAGGAAUAUUUAAUUGGAGAUUUGUUUAUAAUAUUAAAAUACCAACUAAUGCGACAAAUAUUAAAAUACAAGUUCAUAAUUAUGCUCUACUAUCAUCUAAUGAGCCUAUUGGAGAGGCAAAUUUAGAUUUGUCUGCUCAUUUUUAUAGGGCACGCAAGAAGAAGGGUUAUUACCCUAUACCCAGAUUUUGGCUAUCGUGUAAACACCCAGCUCAUAAGAAUAAAGUAAGAGGAAAUGUAGAAAUAGAGGGAUCCAUUUUAAUAAAAUCUGAGGCUGAGCUUGAUCCAGUUGGUAAUGGAAGGGAUGAACCUAAUAAAGAUCCUUAUUUACCUCCAGUAACUGAAAAUAGAACAUAUGUUGAUUGGGUGAUGAUAAAUGAAAAGUUUGGUGCUGCAACAGCAUCGAUUAUGUAUGGCUUAAAAUGGACAGGUGUUUGGAUUGUAGUGGGUGUUAUCGUAAUUGGUAUAUUUUUCCUCAUAUUUUUGUUUAAAUGA